CCUCGUGAAAUCUCUCUCCUUAUUUCAAACUCUGCAAACCCUAGCGAAAAAAUUACGCGCGCUCAGAUCUUACGACUAUGGCGAUCGCGAGAACCGGAGUUUUCGUCGACGAUUACUUGGAGUACGCAAGCACAUUGCCGGCAGAGUUGCAGAGGCUUCUGAAUACCAUAAGAGAACUCGAUGAACGUUCCCAAUCCAUGAUAAAUCAGACAAGGCAGCAGACGAAGAACUGCUUGGAUAUGGCUUCUCAAAACUCCAAUAAAGGCAAUCAUGAAGAUGGUGACAUGGCCUUUGAGAAGAUGAAGAAAGAUAUUGAAGCAAACCAAGAUAACGCCUUAAGCUUAUGUACCGAGAAGGUCCUGCUGGCACGGCAAGCUUACGAUCUUAUAGACAGUCAUGUAAAACGUCUUGAUGAGGAUCUGCACAAUUUUGCUGAGGAUUUGAAGCAAGAGGGAAAAUUACCAGCAGAUGAACCAGCAAUACUUCCUCCGUUACCUUUAGUUCCUAAAACCGAGAAGCGCAAACCGAUAUAUAUAACACCUCAAUCUAAGAAGAUUGAUUACAGGGAUAGAGAGUGGGAUCACAGGGAUAGGGAUUUCGAGCUCAUGCCUCCACCAGGUGGCUUCAAAAAGGAUUAUCCCACCCCCUUGGAGAUGGAUCAACCAAUUGAUCCAAAUGAACCCACCUAUUGCGUCUGUCAUCAGGUUUCUUUUGGUGAUAUGAUUGCCUGUGACAAUGAAAAUUGUCAAGGUGGCGAGUGGUUUCAUUACUCGUGCGUCGGGCUGACACCCGAGACGAGGUUCAAGGGGAAGUGGUAUUGUCCGACGUGCAGACAACUUCCAUUGUAACGGGUGAGUUGUUUGGUUUGUAUAUGUUUUGUAUAACGCCGAUUAUGUGCCUGUUUCCGUCUACUUCCUUAACUGAUGAUUUCAACAUCUGGGGUUUGAAGUGAUCAUAAAUCAAUAAAUUUGUGAUGCAUAAAAGCACCAAACUUUGUGAAA